UUAAAUUUGAUAAGAAGUGUUGAUUAAUUUUAUGAAAGAUUAUGAACCUAAAAUCAAUUCUUCCAAUGGUGUGGGAAUUUCUAUAACUUUAACAUAGUUAGAAUAACAUUUUUCUUCAUAUCCUUUAAAAAAAAUAUGAUAAUAAAAAGAAAAAGCUCUGUAUAAAUUUAACAAACUAUCCUAAAAAUUUUAAGUUAAAAAUUAUUAGUUUCGUGAAAGAUUAUGGAUUUAAGAUCCAAAAAAAAUAUGAUAAUAAAAAGAAAAAAAGUUUAUAUAAAUUUAACGACCUAUCCAAAAUCUUUAAAUUAAAAAAAAUAUAAUGUCCGAAGUCUUGUUAUGGAAUAUCAUCAGCCUAUACGAAGAUAAAUUACUCAAAAUUUUAAAUGGAACACAAGAAAAAGAAGUUAUCCUGUUUUUGAUGGUAUAAAGUCGAACCAGACCGGUUUCUAAGAUUUAUAAAUGGAACGGUUUAUUACCCAAACCUAUUUAAGUCUUUGUAAUAUUCAGGCGCUCGUCUCUUCGAAAACCUCAUAAACCCUAGCAAUGUCCGGGGCCUUCUUCUACGAUGCAGACAGCGACGACGAGCUCGAGUUCCUCAACCACGAACUAAACAGUAGCGGGGAAGACAAAGCAGAAGAACGUAAAGGUCAAGCAGAAGCUGAAGAAGACGAAGAUGAGAAGCCUAGAGGAGGUAAAAGAAGCACUAACGCACAUUCUCCGUGGGACUUCACAUCUUAUUCAAGCUCCGUCGGGGAAGAACACGCCCGCCGUCACACAACCUCUAUCGAUGAGAAGAUCUCCAAAGCUAUCAAGCAUCGUCCGCUUCCCAUCUCCACAGAGGAAGAAGAUGAAGAAGAUGUCUCCGAUGCCCAACACGGCAAACAAGAGGAGGAGGAGUAUCUCUCGGAAGACGAAGACACAGCUGAGCUCAAAGCAGAAGCCAAGCCGUUUUUCUCAACUGUGGAUGGAGUUUCGUUUCAUGCUGAUUCGUUCAUAAAGCUCAAUCUCCCUCGUCCGUUGAUUCAAGCUUGUAAAACUCUUGGAUACGAGAAACCUACACCUAUUCAGGCAGCGUGUAUCCCUUUAGCAAUGCUGGGGCGUGAUCUUUGUGCCAGUGCCAUCACUGGAUCAGGGAAGACUGCUACAUUCGCUUUACCUACUCUUGAGAGGUUGAUGUACCGUCCCAAGCGGGUAUCUGCUACUAGAGCUCUUAUUCUCACUCCAACCAGGGAGUUGGCUGUCCAGAUUCACAGUAUGAUUCAGAAGCUUGCACAGUAUACUGAUAUCAAAUGUGGAUUGAUUGUAGGAGGGCUUUCUGUGAGGGAGCAAGAGGUUGUUCUGAGGUCAAUGCCAGAUAUUGUUGUGGCGACUCCUGGACGUAUGAUAGAUCAUUUGCGCAAUUCUAUGUCUGUGGAUUUGGAUGAUCUUUCGGUUUUAAUUCUCGAUGAAGCAGAUCGCCUCCUACAGACUGGGUUUGCCACUGAAAUACAAGAGCUGGUUCGCUUAUCUCCCAAGAGGAGGCAAACAAUGCUCUUCUCAGCGACAAUGACUGACGAGGUUAAAGAGCUGGCCAAACUCUCAUUGAACAAACCGUUGCGUCUCUCAGCGGAUCCAUCAGCUAGAAGGCCUCCAGGCCUGACUGAGGAGGUGGUGAGAAUACGCAGGACGCGUGAGGCAAAUCAGGAAGCCGUUCUUCUUUCAUUAUGCACAAGAACUUUUAAAUCAAAAGUCAUCAUCUUUAGUGGAACAAAACAGGCUGCACAUAGACUGAAAAUUUUAUUCGGACUCGCUGGCCUCAAAGCAGCUGAGCUUCACGGAAACCUAACUCAAGCACAACGUCUUGAUUCUUUGGAACAUUUCAGAAAGCAAGAGGUUGAUUUUCUCAUUGCUACUGAUGUGGCUGCUCGAGGGCUUGACAUUAUUGGUGUCCAAACAGUUAUAAAUUAUGCAUGUCCUCGGGAAAUAGACAGUUAUGUACACAGAGUUGGUAGAACAGCUAGGGCUGGGAGGAAAGGUUAUGCAGUAACGUUUGUGACUGACAAUGACCGAUCACUUUUGAAAGUCAUUGCAAAGAAGGUGGGUUCAAAGUUAAAGAGCAGAAUCAUUCCAGAGCAGUCAAUAGUCAAGUGGUCUCAGAUAAUCGAUGAAAUGGAAGAUCAAUACUCGGCUGUUAUUCGAGAAGAGAGGGAAGAGAGAGCUCUAAGGAAAGCCGAAAUGGAAUUUGCAAAGGCGGAGAACAUGAUUGAGCAUAGAGAUGAAAUAUAUGCACGGCCAAAAAGGACUUGGUUCAUGACAGAGAAGGAGAAGAAGCUCGUGGCCAAAGCUGAGAAGGAUUCUGCACGGAACCCUUCUGGAAAGGAACUAAUUAGUGCUGAUAUAGCGGAGGACCUCAAGAUGAAGGAGAAGAGAAAACUCGAACGCGAGAAGAAUCUCCCGAGGAAAAAACGUAGAAAGCUUGAAGCUGCCAGAGAGAUGCUAGAGGAUAACGAAGGAGAAGAAGAUGGUGAAGACCAAAAACGAGGAAGAACAAGAGGGAUGGAAAAGAAGAAGAAGCAAGAACCGGAUAAGAAAGGACUGACACUAGUGGAUCUUGGUUACCGGCGAGCAAAGGCUGUAAAAGCAAAACAGCGAGCAAUUGAUUCUGGUAAGAUGGAUAGACCAACGCCGAACAAGAAACAAAACCUAAACCGAAGUGAACCAAAAACACAGCUUAGAAAUGAAGAGAUGAAAGAUAUGUUCAAGAGUGAUAUGAGCGACAAGAAACAAGGCACAGCAAAACCUAAGGGGAAGUCGAAGAACUCUUUCAAGAGCAAAGGGCGGUUAGUAAAACGUUACUUUUAAUAGCCAAAUCUUAGAUUCAUAAUCAUGAAAAAUUUUAAGGUAAAUAUUAAGAUGAGUUUUUUUUUUACAUUUUCUCUCUCGUGCAGAUAUAAACGUAGGUAAGAAGAAAACUUCGUUUUGAAAGAUGUCAAAGGAUGAAAGAGUUAACACAAUUUUAUUAUUUACUUUAAUAUCAUAGAGAAUGGGACGUUAAAGAUUUUGUUCUUACUAUGGUUUUAUAAUCUUAUGAUACAACUUGCAAAAAGGUCACGGUAGUGGCGAUCGUUAUUCAUUGUUGUUGCCCAUGUCUAGCAAAAUCCUAUCAGCACCAUUAAGGGUUUUAAAUUGAACCAUGUGUACGUAGCAUGCAUGUGGUGAUUUUUUGAACAUGCAUGUCUCUGUAUGACACAUUGACACGCUCCAAAGAUUCCACAACCUCAAUCUUACGGUUUAGCUUUAAUGUACAAAUAAACAAUAUUCAGGACACAGUACUUCACAAUAGUGGACAUGAUAUCCUAACGAUCUGAAAAACCCGAACCAAAAUCCGAAAUGAAUUAACAAAUUAUCCGAAUAGAUAUUGAAUUAGGAGAACACGAAUAUAUAUCCAAAGAUAACCGAACAUAUGUAUACUUAAUCGUAUAUUUCUAAUUUACUUCUAUCAUUUUACUAAAAAUAUUUAUAUUGAUGUUACAUAUAACUAAGAACAAAAAUAUAUUUCAUUCGUACAUUAAAAAAAAUUAUAUCCAAAAUUUCAAAACAACAUCUAAAUUAGUGUUUUUCUGUUUUUAAAAUUUUAUUUGUAAACCUAUUAAUUGUUCGCUCUAUUAAAAAUUAGAAGAUCAGUUAAAUUAAAGGUAUAUUUUUAAAUACAAGAAACUUGAGCAAUGAAAAUUUUGAUUUUUUUUUUCAAAAUCUAAACAUCCGAACCAACUUGAAAUAAUCGAACCCGGACUAAAAAUACCGGAACUCGAUCCGAACUGUAAAAAUAUCUGAACAGGUUCUUUAUCCAUAUACCAAAAUCCCAAAAAUCUGAAAUAACCGAUCCGAACUCAAACGGGUAUCAAAACGUUCAUCCAUAUUUUACAAGAAACCCAAUGAAAGGAAAAAAUAGCAAAUGCAAGUACACACCAGUGUUGUCUUUGCUAAGGAGACAUACUAGAAUUUCUAUAAUUAUCCCUGGAUCAGAAAUCUUGCAGGCGACAUUAAACUUCAAGGUAAACCUGAAAAAGAAAAAGAGUAAUUAACAAUACCUAUUCUUAACAUUUAUACCCAAAAAAGUAACAAGAGUCUAUAGCAUUUUAUGUAAACACACCAGUGCUGCAUUCGCUAUACCCAAGCGGGUCUUUGCUACUAGAGUUCUUAUUCUCACUCCAACCAGGGAGUUGGCUGUCCAGAUUCACAGUAUGAUUCAGAAGCUUGCACAGUAUACUGAUAUCAAAUGUGGAUUGAUUGUGGGAGGGCUUUCUGUGAGGGUAUGGAUCUUAUCUGUUUCCAAUGUUUGAGAUUCAUAGAUCUCAGUUUACAUUAUUUGAUGUUUGAGAGCAAGUUUAAUUCCUCUCUUAGAAACGUCUCUUACAAUGGAAUGGUAGCAAGCUUUGCUAAAUCUUUCAUGUUUCUUGUGUUAGGAGCAAGGGGUUGUUCUGAGGUCAAUGCCAGAUAUUGUUGUGGCGACUCCUGGAAGUAUGAUAGAUCAUUUGCGCAAUUUUAUGUCUGUGGAUUUGGAUGAUCUUUCGGUUUUAAUUCUCGAUGAAGCAGAUCGCCUUCUACAGACUGGGUUUGCCACUGAAAUACAAGAGCUGGUAUCUAUCCUUUUUUCUUUACAUUCUGAUGCUUGUUGAUAUGUUUGGUUCCCGUGUACAUAUAAUGAUACUGAGCUCUAGUGAAUUCGUCUCGCCUAUUUUUUUUUUUAUUUUUUUUUGAAUUGAAUGUUAAAUUUAAUUCAAAGAAAAAACAAUUUGUCUCGCCUUUGCUAGUUUCUAGUCCGCAAUAAUUGAGCAUUAAAUUAAUUUAUCUUUGCUGGAAAAGUUUAUGUUAGGCUUUUCAUUGCAGGUUCGCUCAUCUCCCAAGAGGAGGCAAACAAUGCUCUUCUCAGCGACAGUGACUGAAGAGGUUAAAGAGCUAGUCAAACUCUCCUUGAACAAACCGUUGCGUCUCUCAGCAGAUCCAUCAGCUAGAAGGCCUCCAGGCCUGACUGAGGAGUAUGUCAGCUUCUACUUUAUCAUUUCCAGCCUCCUUAAUAGCUAGAUUAUAGUUUUGAGUAUAUAUCUGAACUUCUAAGGUGAAUAGGAAAAAAAUGUUUUUAGAAAAGCAUGAGUUAUUUUUGUGUUUGACUUGAAAUUUUAGGUUAUAUUUGAAAAAAAUCCUUUAAUCUAUCGGCCAGUAUUUUUGUCUAAUUAUCUCGUUACCUGUUUAUACCUAAAUACAUAUAUUUUGAAAAUGAUAAGUAUUACGUAAUUUAUAACUAUAUACCUAUUAAGAAAUUUCUCAAUAAACCAAAAAAGUGUCAAGUCUAAUUGACAUAUUGUGGGAUUAUUACUGUGAGUUAAUUAUUAAUUGAGAAAUUCCAUAUAAUAUCCAUUUUUAAGUUUUUGUUACAAAAACAGCACUCAACGAAGAAAAUGACCAAAAUCAGUUUUAUUAAUGGGUAAAAAUACAUUUUUACUCUAUGGUUAACUAUUCUAGACUUAGGGUUUAGAGUAGAGUUUUGGGAUAGGGUUUCAAAUUAAAAA